UUACAGAGCAACAGCGCCACUUUUGAGCUUGUUGUCAACCGUUCUAAACAAACCGCAGAAGUUGUAAAGAAACCGGCCUAUACACAAGCCCAGAGUUAUAUCUUUCCAACAGAAUCAUCAGGCAUACAUCUAAGGUCAAAGAUGGUUCAAGAUAAUGCUCAGAUUCGACGGCAGGGUGCUCAUGACUUCAUGGCAUACUACGAGUUUUCCUGUGCAAGGCAGGAUUCAGUCCCUCUCCCUGCUGUUAAGAUGAACUUAGACAAAGGAAUGCUUGACUUUAACGGGGACAGGGUCAAAUUACUGGACUGGCCACCUAUUCUCCACUCUAUAGCCAUCAACAAACACCUGCACCAUAUUGCAAUAAGCAGCACAUAUCGGGGCGGUCAAGCUUCUGCAGAUUUAGAUAAAAGGUACUAUAAGUCUACUUUUAAAAGGAAGAUCCCAGCCAUUCGUUCCAAGGACAUCACCUUUAGGCUUUGUAAGGCACUGAGAGAGUGUCUCACGGUCUCUCCCAUCCUCAAGACUCUGCAUCUUAAUGGACUUCCUUUAAGAGAAAGGGAUCUCAUCACUUUAACGAAGGGUUUGGCAAAAAGCACCUCCUUGGAAAACGUUUCUCUGGCUAACUGUCCCAUUUCUGAUGAGGGCUUAGAGGUCAUUUGCCAAAGUGUGAAAUAUUCCACAAGCAUCAGAUCGGUGGAUUUCACGGGAUGCAGUUUAACCUGGAGAGGAGCGGAGCACAUGGCUAACAUAAUCAAGCACCAGGCAAUGCAGAGACACGGUACGGCGUGGGCAGAGUCCCUGAGGUAUCGGCUGCCACAGUUUGAAGGGAUGAGCGGACUCCGUCGCGUCACCUUAAACUGUAACACUUUGAUCGGGGAUCGGGGUGCUGCUGCCCUUGCACACGAACUGUCUGAGGACCUCUGGGUCAAAGCGGUGGAUCUACAGAGAUGCGGUCUGUCCAAUGAAGGAGUUCGUCAUUUGUUAGAAGCAUUGAAAACAAAUUCCUCUCUGUGUGUCUUGGAUAUCCGGAGUAACCCUCUAGUUGAUAAAGUUUUAAUUAAAACUGUGAUCGAGAGAGUACUCAUGAACGCUGCGGGACAGUCACCCGAGUACUGCUGGAUAAAACCAACAACCACAGAGUCACACAGAGCGCCUGGGCCAAGAAGAGGAGCCAUACCCGUUACAGUCAGACGAAGAUCAACAUAUAGGAAAGCCUCUCAUAAAGGAACGUCUCCCAAAGGACAGACUUCAGUGGACGCUUUAACCAAGAAGCCUUCUUCUCGCUCCAGUUUUAUUCCUUGGCGGACUGCUGCUCGAGCUGGACGUCAGAGAGGUCUUCCUCCUGGUGUUACCGUCAUAGACAAGAGCUUUCAGGGCGCAGCGACGGUCAAAGUUACAAUGGAGUCAAACUCAGAGGGAGAGGAAGACAGUGAAGAUGAAGAAGAAGUGGUGCUGGAAGUGGGUCGGACGUCGUCUUCUCUCAGACUCACGGACAGAGUAACCGGACGACAGCUCGAUCGUAUGCAGAUGGAGCUGAAGGAGUGCCGUCUACGGCUGGCAGAAGAGCGCCGGGCUCGACUAAAAGCCGAGUCAAGACUCAUGGAGUAUGAGUUGGAGAACGGCAGACUUCGCGACGCCAACAGUUCGCUGUCUGAAGCCCUUGCAGCUACUGGGUCUAGAUCAGCACUUCGUAAUUUCAGCGCUCUUGAAGACGAGGCGGUCCUCGAGAGCAUCGAGAACUCGUUUAAUAAGUUCCACGCCUUCCUGGAUCUCCUCAAGGAUGCUGGCCUAGGUCAGCUGGCAUCAGUUGCUGGGAUUAACACAUCAGAUUUCCAGCCUCUGGGAAAACCCCAGCUCUCCUCUACGAUGGGCCCUCAGUCAGAACGUGCAGCUGCAGCGACUGUAAGGGAGUUCGGGGAUGUUCAAGAAGCCGCUUCUUUGCCAAGUAAAUUGGUAACCUCUCCUCCUGGUGGGACAACCUUUACUCCCCCUCACCUGUCCUCCUCUUUGCAUAAAGACAGAUUAGUGGAUGUGACCUUUAAUCACAUUGAAUUGGAGCCAGCAGACGCAGCGGUGGCUGGAGAGGAGGAACCGCGUCAAUAUUUUCGGCCUGAUAUGCAGCCAGACUCGGGCUCCGAGCACAGCUUUCACAGUCAAAAGUCCUUUGAUCGUUUUUCCUUCGGCAACACCUUCGAAGCGCGGCCGAGGAUGGAGACCAGCUCUAACAGGAGCAGCAGUCGCCACAGAGACGGCUUCAGCAACAACUCGGCGUACAGCCCAGCCUCUCAGAACCGGGGGACGCACGGCGGCUCCUCGGAGAGCGUCAGCGAGAUCAGGAGUGACAAGGCAGAGUCUGUGGGGUCAGUGGGGUCACGGCGCAGAGGGAAGGGGAGGCAGAUGGGGGGGCAGCCCGGGUCAGAAGGGUCGGAGGGAAGGCCUUACCCUGGGAGGGCAUCUCUGAAACAAACGGGGUCUCUAAGAGCUCACUCAGAUGAUGAGUCCUUCUGAUGUGGCAUGACAUUUUAUUAAUCCUACUUUUCUACAUAUUUGUUUUUUUUUUCUGUAAUAAUUGAAACAUUAAUCAGCAGAGAAUUUUUUUUAUUUUUAUUUUUGUAAGACACACCAUCAGGAUUGUUGCUUUAAGAAAGAGGCGAGCCACAGAAGUUGAAGUUGCUCUUUAGCGCGUGUUUAGACACAUUUACGACGGUAAGAGUUGAUCCGCGGGAUUAGAAAUCAGCGCUACCUCAGUCAAGUCUUGGUUCGUAUCUGCGCCGUCUCAGGUUAACGUCGGCACAGGCGAAGGUUACGCAGCAGGGAGAUAAAACUCAUGCUCGUUUUAUCUGUUGUGCCAAUUUCGUUCUCUUCUUGGAAUUACAUAAUUUAGUUGCAGAUGAUUGCUUGGUUAUCGCGGCAUGGAUAUUGUUUUGUAUGACAUAAUAAAAAUGUUUUGCUUAAAGU